AUUAUCACUUCAACGUUGAUCGUACUUUCAAGUGAAUUAAAGAUGUACUUGAAAUUUUUCUUAAUUUUAUCAAUUUCUUUUGUGUCUUUACAAGCAAUUGACUAUUGUGAUGAGAAACUAUGUAAAAGAGGGCCUCAUAUAGCUUGCCAUGCAAGAGAUACUUUUAAAUCUCACUGUCCACAUGGAAUUGAGCUUGUAUCAAUGGAUUCACAUAUGCAGGAUGUAUUUCUACAACAUCAUAACUCUAUUAGAGAACUUGUUGCUGCUGGAAAGCAUCAUAGAGGAUUUCGAAAAGCAGCGCGAAUGUGUUCGAUGGUUUGGGACUCGACUCUAGCCUAUUUUGCAAGACUUAAUGCAUACAAAUGCGACGGUGAACAUGACAAAUGUCGAAAUCAUCCAAAUUUCCCAUCCGUAGGUCAAAAUAUAUACGAAGGAUAUGAUUCAAGUCCACUAACAGCAGAAGCUGUGAUCGAAAAAGCUAUAAACAAAUGGUACAUGGAAGGAGAAACUGCAUCAAAUCACCAUCUUUCUCAUCUUAGUAAUGGUGGCAGUGUUGGACAUUUCACACAACUUGUGAAUGAUCGUGCAUGUCAAAUUGGAUGUGCAGCAACACUUUGGACUGAACACAAGCGUCAUCAUUUCUAUGUUGUUUGUAAUUAUAGUUUUGGAAAUUUGGUUGACAGUUUUGCUUACAAAACAAAAGGAGAUAAAUGCCAAAAAGGAUAUAAUCCUAAUCAUCCACAUUUGUGUCAUCCUGAUGAAGCUAAAAUCAUUCAAUAUGAAUGAGAAGUAAUGUGUUCCUUACACGUGUGAGAAGUUUGCAUUUAUAUUAAAGAUUCUUUUGUUUAUAUUACGAAUAAAAGCUCAUAAGUUUAUCCUACGUGUGUGUUUUUUUUGAAGGAUAUGCAAAGUGCUGUGAACAAUAAAUGCAAACUAAAUGAAAACUAUUAGAACUGAA